GCGCCGGGAGCUCGCCGCCCCCCGGCUGAAGUCCGGUGCAGCCGCGCCGUGCCGGGGGUGCCGUCACUCGCCGCGCUUCCAGCAUGCUCCUAAGAUGGCGGUAGCGGCGGCGGGUGGCGGCGGGGGCGGCCGGGCGCAGCGCAGCGGCUGGCUGGAAGUUUUGGUGCGGGAGCGCUGGCACAAAGUGCUGGCCAACUUGGGCGGCGAGGCGCUGGUGCUGAGCGGCGAGGAGCGCCCCGACGGCGCGGCCCACAACGGCUUGAGCGGCGAUGGGGCGGCGUGCCGCGGGGCCGAGGGCGGCGGCGGGGCGGCGGCGGUGCGCACCGCCUUCACCGACCCCCCUGAGCAGGUGCCUGAGGUCGUCUCCAACAAGAAGCGGUGCGUGAAGGUGCUGAAACAGGAGAUGGGUGGGCUAGGCAUCAGCAUCAAGGGGGGCAAGGAGAACAAGAUGCCCAUCCUCAUCAGCAAGAUCUUCAAGGGUCUGGCGGCCGAUCAGACCCAGGCUCUCUACGUGGGCGAUGCCAUCCUGGCUGUCAACGGCACGGACCUGCGGGAUGCUACCCACGACGAGGCGGUGCAGGCGCUCAAGCGGGCCGGCAAGGAGGUGCUGCUGGAAGUGAAGUACAUGAGAGAAGCAACACCCUACGUGAAGAAAGGCUCUCCUGUUUCAGAAAUCGGGUGGGAGACGCCGCCUCCUGAAUCUCCCCGCUUGGGCUGCACCUCAGCAGACCCUCUGUCUCAGCUUUCACUCUCCAUCCACAGAGACAGGAAGACAAUACCACUGAAGAUGUGCUAUGUGACACGCAACAUGACAGUGUCAGACCCUGAGAACAGACUUAUUGAAGUUCAUUCACCUGAUGCCAAGCACACCGUGGUGCUCAGGAGUAAGGAUUCAGCUACAGCCCAGGCCUGGUUCAAUGCCAUCCACUCCAGUGUCAAUGAUCUCAUCCCCAGGGUGAUUUCAGAGGUCAGAGACCAGCUGGGUAAAACAGGGAUUGCUGGAAGUCGAGAGAUUAGGCAUCUAGGCUGGCUUGCAGAAAAGGUGCCAGGAGACAAUGAGAAGCACUGGAAGCCAGUGCUAGUGGUCUUGACGGAGAAAGACCUCCUAAUAUAUGAGAGCAUGCCGCGGAUGAAGGAAGCUUGGUUCAGCCCUCUGCAUACCUACCCCCUACUAGCCACCAGGCUGGUCCAUUCUGGCCCAGGAAAAGGCUCACCGCAGUCGGGGAUGGAUUUGUCUUUUGCCACCCGUACUGGCACGCGGCAAGGGAUUGAAACCCAUCUCUUCAGGACAGAGACCAGCCGAGACCUCUCACUGUGGACGAGGAGCAUAGUGCAGGGCUGCCACAAUUCUGCGGAGCUCAUCACAGAAAUCACCACAUCUUGCACAUAUAAAAGCCAGGAGUGCCGUUUGACCAUCCACUAUGAGCAUGGAUUCUCUCUUACCACCGAAGCGAAAGAUGGUGCCUUCUCCAAGACAAUUGCACAAUACCCCUAUGAAAAACUCAAAAUGUCCUCUGAUGAUGGGAUCAGGAUGCUUUAUUUAGACUUUGGAGGAAAGGAUGGAGAAAUUCAACUGGACCUUCAUUCCUGUCCAAAACCAAUUGUGUUCAUCAUUCAUUCCUUCCUCUCAGCAAAGAUUACAAGACUUGGCUUGGUGGCAUAAGUAGGGUACCUCUGUUUUUCAAAGAAAGAUGGAGUGACCUUGCUCAUCUGAAGUACAGUCAACAGCAGCAACCCAGACCAGCUAGCAGCACACACCAUCCUGGGCGUUCAGUACUGGGCCUUGGUCAUUUCUGCAGACUUCCAAGGCUCAGGUUUCAUUUUGGUCAGCUAAAGAGGGGGCAUGACAAGAAAGAUGGUGGACUUCACUGUAAAUAAUGGGGUUUUUAAAUCCCAUGUAAGACUGUAACAGCCUGUAGUACCAUCCAUGUAAAUGUUCCAGAAACAUACAUUGUGCCUAUUGCAGCGUACUUGUUUAUAUAGAACAAGGGCUAAGCAGACAGGAGUGGGUGUUGGUUGUGAUGCCAGCUCAAGGUUGGUUGAGUACAAGUUCUCCAAACAAAACUGCCCUGCCACCCAUAUUUGUCCUGGUCUAACGUGUGCACCACUUCCAGGAAGAUCUUUCGUCUGAGUGCUGUCAGAGUCUGUUGCUUGAAUAGCCAGAAGGGUGUGCAAACAUGCACCUUUGGAUGUUCUAAAGCAAUACAGCUGUGGCCAGGAAACAGCUGGAGGGUUGCUGCCAAGGGGCACUUUCAGAUUAAAUGAUAAAGGCACCCUCUGUACAUUCCUAGCAAUGGACCCAAAGCUUAUGAUGAGUAAGCUUCUGCCAGCACAUUUUCAUGGCAGUUUUCCAACAGGAAACCAUUCCGAGCUCCCUGUACUCCUACCCCUAAUGUGCCACCCCUCAAGCUCUGCCCAGGCUGGCUGCAUGCUCUUCCUAGAGCAGAUAUGGGGAAGACUUGUUUGGUUG